UUGUAAAUAUUGGCCUCCUCCAUCAACGGUCCAGAUUCAUUCUCACAUCUUCUCCCAUCUCAUAUAUCUAUCUCCCUUCCCAUUCCACUCCCUUCAUCACUCUCCCCACUCUCUCUCUCUCUCUCUCUCUCUUAAAGUUUUUGAGAGAGAAACCAAUCCAACAAAACCAAAACGAAAAGAUGUUACUCGGAAAGCGUCCCCGACCUCCAAUCAAGAGAACCAUAAGCAUGACCGGCAUCACCGUUGAUCCGAGCAGUGAGGAAGCCCCUGAGCCGUCUGAUCCCCAGAUCCCCAUCUCAUCGAACCUGGAACAAUCUUCAGGGCAUCAUCAUCCUCAUGUUGAUGAUGGGUCUCAGAACAACAACAUGUGCAUGAAUUUUGGUAGCAAAGGGUAUCAGGAUUCAUUCAUGUCCAUCUUGUCUCCCAGAAUCCAGAGGAGAAACUCCGCCGAUUUCAUCGAGACCGCUCACUUCCUGCGCACGUGCGGCCUCUGCAAGCGUCGUUUGGCCUCCGGUCGAGACAUCUACAUGUACAUGGGAGAUACAGCCUUUUGUAGCUUAGAAUGUAGAGAGAAACAGAUGAGGCAAGACGACAGAAAAGAGAAGUGCAUGGGAGCAUUGGCGGCGUCUACAAACGACCAACGCCGCGAAACGACGUCGUCUGCUAAGGCCUCGUCAUCAUCAGCUGGUAAAAGCCAGACAGUGGCAGCCGCUUGAUUUCAAUUUUAAAAGAAGAAAAAGAAAAAUUGGACGGAUGGCUUGAGAUCGAUCUAGAAAGAAAGAUAGUGAAGAAUGACGUUAAAAAAAAAUAGGGAAGAGAAUGAGAUGAGUAAUUGAUAAUAGAAGAGAGAAGUGCAAUCGCCUUUCUAUAAACAUCACUCCCCCCAAAAAAAAAAUACCCACUAUAUUGUCACUAUCUACUUAAUUAUAUAUAGUAAUUAGUACUCUACUGCUUUUUCCUGUAAUGAAACAAAAUAUAUAGUUAUGUCUACCAUUAUUGGAAAGAGAUUAAAAAAAAAAAAUUAAAAGAAGGGUGUGUGUAGUCGUUUUGUGGACGUAAAAUUCUUAAUGAGCAUGUAAAAUAGAGUUGUGAUCCCCUUAUGAUUCAGAAUUAAUCAACUUUUUUCCUUUUCACUUUGAA